CAAUAUGCAAUUGCGCCUAAAGUUGCGGUUGGUUUUUUUAACAGCACUACUCUUAGCACAGUAAACCCACGCAACGUAAGAACAUCGUUUACUCUAAAUAAACUGUCAUAUUCCACUCCGUCACUUUCUCCCGUUUCCUGUCUGGUAUCUUAGGGGGCUUUUAAACUCCCAGCAACACAAAAAGGGGCUCGUUGCUUGAGGCAGGAAAGCGAAAGUAUGUUGCAGAUCAAGACAAGGCGGCUGAAAGCAAGGCUAAGCAUUGUGUUAUAUGGAGCUGAACUCUGAUGGUUAACAAAGCACCGUAAUGAUUGGGAAAGUCUGGAUAUUCAUCACUGCAUUUUCAUUCAUCACGUAUAUUCAUCAUGCCCAAUGUGAAUGCAUGCCUCAAGAUUUGAAGACACAUCUGUAUGAUGAGUUGUUGGAAGACCACAUAUUUGAGAUUAAGAUAUUCCCAUCUGAAACGAAGGAGAAUGAGCUUCUUUCAGUAAUAAACACUCUAUGUUCAUCCUGGACUAAAAAUAAGAAUAAGGAUAAACGUAAAUUCAAGAUACUAACAAUUUUUGAAAUAAUGCUAAAAUUUUUUCAAGAAAGCAAUUUUGAAAUGAUUUGUGCGGAUCUCAAUUGCACAGAUUCUUAUACAGUAAGCUGGGUUAAUGCAACCGUAUUUGGUGAUAUGUAUAGAAGAUCUUGCGAUGGAUCAAUAUCAGAUCUGAAAUGUCCAUCAAAAAGCAAAACAACGAUCAGCCCAAGCAUCACUGCUGUUGAAAACACAACAUUUUUUACAACGGUCGAUUCAAUCACCACAGCUCAUAAAAGCUCACCAUCUUUAACAACGGUCAGCCCAAACAUCACUGCUCCUGAAAAUAAAGCAUUAAAAGAUGCUCAGAGUACCAUUAACACAUGUUCUGGAGUCCUUGUUUUCUCUCUACUACUGAAUAUCGGUCUAUUCCUGUUGGUGUUAAACCCUUUCCAGAAAAAAAAGCCUACAGCUAAGCAGGUGAGGCUCUUACUUGCUCGGCAUCUCUAAACCAAAAUGCUGUAACCACCCAGGUUUAGGGGGGUUUAGCUGUUUAUAUAUUAAACUUAAUUAAUUUAGCAUAGCACACAGUACUCAUUAACUUGAGUACUGUGUCAUUUUCUUCUUCUUUUAAAGGGAUAAUCACUUUUAAAUAAGAUAUUUUGAAGAAUUUUGGUAACCAGACAGUUGAUGGUAGCUUCCAUUGUAUUUUUUUUCCUACUGUAUAAGUCAAUGGGUGCCGUCAACUGUCUGGUUACCAACAUUCUUCAAAACAUCCUCUUUUGUGUUCAGCAGGACAAAGAAACUC